AUGGCUUCCUCCACCACCAUAACCCGCGAAAACGUCACGCGCCUCUUCCCCGAUGUACACACGCGCCUCAUCGGCGCCGACCUGGCACCCACCCAUACGCCUUCCACCAACGGUGCCUCGAAUACCACCUCGGACGACCUCCUCGCCGGCUACGACGAGGAGCAAAUCCGGCUCAUGGACGAAAUGUGCAUCGUGCUGGACCACGACGACGCGCCCAUCGGCUCCGCCUCCAAGAAAGCAUGCCAUCUGAUGUCCAACAUCAACCAGGGGUUACUGCACCGCGCGUUCUCGGCGUUUCUGUUCGAUCCGAAGAGUAAGAAGCUCCUCCUGCAGCAGCGCGCCAGCGAGAAGAUCACAUUUCCGGACAUGUGGACGAAUACGUGCUGUUCGCACCCGCUGGCACACCCCGCCGAAACAGGCAACGGGGAAUUGUCGAGUAAUGUGGAAGGGGCGAAGCGGGCGGCGCAGCGCAAAUUGGGCCACGAACUGGGCAUUUCGGCCUCGCAGGUGCCGGUGUCGGAGUUCAGUUUCUUGACGAGGAUCCAUUACCUGGCACCGUCGGAUGGGAAGUGGGGCGAGCACGAGAUCGACUAUAUCCUGUUUAUUGAGGCGGACGUGACGUUGGAUAUCAAUAAGAAUGAAGUGCAGGAUACGCGGUGGGUGAGUCCCGAGGAACUGAGGCAGAUGUUCAAGGACGUCGAGAGUGCGAGUGGGAAGGACCAGGCUCUGAAAUACACGCCCUGGUUCCGACUCAUCUGCGAAGGCAUGCUCUUUGAGUGGUGGGACAAGCUGGCGCAGGGAAAGCUGGGCGAGGUCGCAAACGAGAGCCAGAUUCGGCGGAUGUGA